AUCAUUGCGCAAAAGCUUAUCGUUUCGCUCCGAUAUACGAAUACCGUCAUCCUCCUGAUCUGCGGAGAGUGGAAGCCGAAAGUUUUUUUUUGUGUGUGUGACUGUUAAUAUAAGAACAAGAAGUGUAACAAAAAGGCGUACGCAUCCCAUUUAAAAAAAAAAAAAAUCAAUGGAGAAAACAAUGUUCCAGUCAACGGGAAAGGUAAAUUCAAGUUGGCGAUGUAGGCGUCACACGUAACACUAUCAUCCCUCGAUAAAUCAAAGCCACACAGAAAGAGGAGCCAUCUUUUGUUGUACGUUGUCCGUUCUUGUAUCUGUAUCUACUAUUUGUUGUUGCCUGGCCACAAUGCAGACGCUGAGUCGGCUUCUUCUACCUACUCCCGUUGCAAAUAUUCUGUUGGUGGUGGUGCCAGUGAAAGAGUUCGCAGGGUCAGGGUCGUCGUUGUCUGCCUCACAGAGGGCGCAACGUCACGGCUAUCGCUGUGGGUGAAUUUGCGUCGUGGGCCGACUUGUAAAGGUUGCAAAUAUUCAAUUUCACCCUUCCUUCACCCUUUCACUACCAGUUGUCAUUCACAUAAUAUUCCUUGGCCAUAUAUAGCUAUGUAUGUGCCAUAUGGCUUUUACAAAGAAGAAGAAGAAACAGACUAUCAUCAACAUCGAUAUCUACUCAUCUACCAAACUUCCGUGGCUGUGUGCCACACCGAGAAGAAGAAGACACUUGUGUUUUACCAGGCUCUGUGAACCAUGGAAAAUGAUAUCGAAGCGCUUGCUCGGGACGUGGUACUCGUGGAGAGUCCGGAGGAACUUCCUGUGACGAAGACGUGGCGUUACUGCUUCAUGUGGGGUGUGACGUGGGCACUGCCCCUUGCCUUCAUCUUCUUCAUCAUAAUUCCGUACGCUUUCUUAAACGAGUCUCAGCUCUUUCAAACAAAAACAGAUCCGACUACAACAACUGGAAUACCCAUUCCGGAAGGCAGGUAUCUGUUUUUGCACUACACUGCAUACAGUGCUAAAAGAGAACUUCACCACAAAACACGCAGAAGGCCGACCAUUGCACGGGAUAAUAAUAUCGCUGCCAGUCGUGAUUUUUGGGAAGCGCGUGUCGUAUGCCGUUUUUUUUUGACAAUUGUCCCAGUUGCAUAUGUGUCAUAGAAAGGUGUUCGCCUCCCGUGUUGGACAAACUGGGAGACACAACGAUGCCUUUCGGGACUACACUAUACAUGACAUUCUCGAGUAAACAUAAACGAGCCCCCGUCACAACUUCCGGUGCCACGAAGACUUCCGGUCCUUCCGCGACUAAAGACGCUCGGAACCAGCCAUCAUGCAGAAAGAUAUCUUUCACUUUCCCGAUUUGAUGAAAAUGGCAGGCGUACGCCUUUUUUGGGGACACUUACGCAUUUAUGUGAAUUGUCCCAAAAACGCGUACGCCCCGCGUUAUCACUGCCACAGAUCUGCAGUGAUAACAGCACCAUUCUGGGCAAUGGUUAGCCUUCACCGUACUGUGUGGUGAAGUUCUGAGUUCUGCUUUUUAGAGUGUAUCGUACACUCUCGGAACAGAGCUUCACCGCAUAGCACGUUGUGCGCCAACCACUGCCACGAAUAACAGGGUUAUCGCUUCUGAUUUGAAGAGAGAGAGAGCGAGAGGGGGGGCGUACGCCUUUUUGUUGUAAUUGUCAUAUAUCCAAAUUGCUACAAAAAGACUCACGCCCCCCACCCCGCUCUUAGAAUCAGAAGCGGUAUCCAUACACUCUUAAAAAUGAACUUCACCGCAUAGCA